AAUAUAAUUGUUUUAAUGCAUGAGCAAUCACGGACAAACAAGGCUGCUAGACAGAAGCAGCCUUACAAUCAUAGUAGCGGGUCCAAGUCGUUUCUACAACGACAGUAUGAGCUCGCUGAAAGAAGAGGGCAACCGGUCGAUCGUGUGGAAUUGUUUCGGGAAACACACGUUCGAGCUGGGACAUUCGUGUCGCAAGCCGCCGAGGAUGCGCAUAAUCAAAUGCUGGAACUCCAAUCCCAGCCUACCCCAGAGGGUAGUCAGCCACUCUCUGAGGAUGAGAUAUGCGAUCAGGUGUUGGGUAGACGACCAGGCUACUCAAAAGGCCUUGGUUGGGGACCCAAGCCGAAGGCCCGCAGAACGGCAAGUGCAAGCAGUUCGUCGACAUCUUGUUCGCAGUCCACACAAAAAGAGAUUGAAUUACAAGCUAAACUUCAUGAAGCUUUGGAACGGAUUGAAGUACAAGAUAGAAAUCACCAAGCAUUAGCUUCACAAGUCGAAGCUAUGAAAAAGAUGAUUGAAGACCUAACUCGUGCACAAUAGGGACCACCACAUGAU